UCUCAGUCUCAGCCUCAGUCUCAGCCUCAAUCUCAGUCUCUCUCUGCCCCUUAGGUUGUCAUGUCGGCCAACUUUUGGCUGUCGUCGCAUUGCAACAAGUGGCUGGUUGACGCGCAGCAGCUCGAGCUCUCCCGGCGCAAAGACCUCGUCCAUGGCUCAGAGACAGACAUCAACCUGCUCAAGAUCCUCUACGGCAACUUUGCUCAGGCCAUGGGCAGACGCAUGCGACUCAGGCAGCUGGUCGUCGCGACAGCACUCGUUUACUUUCGCCGGUUUUACUUUCGCGUGGAUUGGGCGGCUUGCGAUCCUCUCCUCGCCAUCACGACUUGCCUGUACUUGUCCGCCAAAGUUGAAGAAACGGGCAUCAUUCCGGUCUAUUCCAUCAUAACCCAGGCUCAAUACGUGUGCAAUAACGAGAUGGACUUGAUCUUUCAAAAUGCCUUCAAUUUCACGGUGAAUGAUGUCGUCGAAAGCGAGUUUUACAUUUUGGAGGAGCUGGGCUGCUACUUGAUCAUCUUUCACCCGUACCGCCCCCUGACGCACUACUGCCAUGGCUUGGACGACAAGCAACUGCUUACAACUGCGUGGUUUAUUCUCAACGACUCGUAUCGGACCGACUUGUGUCUACAAUAUCCGCCAUACAUGAUUGCGUUGGCUGCGCUCUACCUGGCCUGUAUCAUGAAAGAGAAGCAACUAUCUCCGAAAAUGGUCGAAUGGUUUGCCGAGCUAAACGUCAAUCCUGAGGAGCUGAUAGAAAUCGCCACUCCUAUCCUGGCCUUGUAUGAAACCUGGGAAACAUUUAGCAGUGACAAGCAGGCCGUUCGCGAUGCCUUGAGCCGGAUACCAAAGCCUGAGCGAGCGGCAGCUGCUGCAGCGGCUGCAGCACCGUCAACCUCUUCUCCUGCAUUGCUGUCAAACUCUUACCCACAGCAAGGGCAAAAAUAGAGCUGCCGAACAGUAAAAAUCUGUCCGUUUCUGAAUAAAAUUUCUGGAUGAC